UAGUUUGACUUUGACAGCUAUACUUUAGCUUGUUUGCGGCGUCGGUGUGUAGGUGUUGGAGUUUUUUUCAAUUUGCUUUGCCUAUAUUACUGAUUUUUACUUAUUCGUAAUACUGCAGUAGAUUUGGAAUAACAUCUCAGUAUUCUCAGUCAUCUAAGUUAAAUUCUACAGGGAAUCUAUUUACCGCGUUCGCGUGUAAUAUUAUUAAGCGUCGUUGAAGCUACCUUCAAAUACUCCAAAAUGACGAUGGAUAUCAGACCCAACCACACAAUAUACAUCAACAAUCUCAAUGAAAAAAUAAAAAAGGAGGAGUUGAAAAAAUCUUUAUACGCCAUAUUCUCGCAGUUUGGUCAAAUAUUGGAUAUUGUGGCAUUAAAAACACUGAAGAUGAGAGGCCAAGCUUUCGUUAUUUUUAAGGAAAUAUCCAGUGCAACAGUCGCACUAAGAAGCAUGCAGGGAUUCCCAUUUUAUGACAAACCAAUGAGAAUCCAGUACUCAAAAACAGACAGUGAUGUCAUUGCAAAAGUUAAAGGCACCUUCCAAGAGAGACCAAAGAGACCGAAAAUGCCAAAGGGUCUUGAUGACAGCAGGAAGAAGAAGAACAAGGAUGCCAACCGCCCUGGCAUGCAUGUUGGUCCAGCUGGCAUGUUGAACAAUGUGAAUGCUGAGCAGCCACCCAACCAGAUCCUGUUCUUGACCAAUCUGCCGGAUGAAACUUCAGAGAUGAUGUUGUCCAUGUUGUUUAACCAGUUCCCUGGCUUCAAAGAGGUGCGUCUUGUACCCAACAGACAUGACAUUGCCUUUGUUGAGUUUGCAAAUGAAAUGCAAUCAGCAGCUGCAAAAGAAGCUCUGCAAGGAUUCAAGAUCACACCUACUCAUGCUAUGAAGAUAACUUUCGCCAAAAAAUAAUGUAAUUAGAAUAGUACUAAAAGUAUAAAUAAAUUUUAAGUAUUUUGAGACCUGUUUUGAGCAUUGCACUUAGCCUUAACAGCUCUCCUUGGCUGUGAUAUCGUUUAAGACUU